AUGAAGAACCAAGUUCUCUUGCAUCUUUCACUUUUACUAUUUCUCCUAAUAGUCCCCAUUGUAGCUCAACCAUUUGCAUGUGACACCAAAGCUUCCACUAGCCAAUUUCCCUUCUGCAACACUUCUCUGCCUUACGAGGAUCGAGCCAAGGACUUGGUCUCACGCCUCACUCUCCAAGAAAAGGUCCAACAAUUAGUGGAUAGCUCCACAGGCAUAACUCGGCUAGGUGUGCCUAAAUAUGGGUGGUGGUCCGAGGCACUCCAUGGUGUCUCAAACGUUGGCCGAGGUGCGACUCGCUUUAAUGCCACGGUGCCUGGUGCCACUAGUUUCCCUGCAGUGAUUUUAUCCGCUGCGAGUUUUAAUGAAUCGUUGUGGUUAAGGAUGGGGCAAGUUGUGUCAACCGAGGCUCGAGCCAUGUACAAUUUGGGUCUAGCCGGGUUGACAUAUUGGAGUCCUAAUGUCAAUGUUUUCCGUGACCCAAGAUGGGGUCGAGCACAAGAGACACCGGGAGAGGACCCCUUAGUGGUGUCAAAUUAUGCAGUGAACUAUGUCAAGGGCCUGCAAGACGUUGGUGAGAGCAAUGCCACUGGUGAUAGGCUCAAGGUGUCAAGCUGCUGCAAGCAUUACACUGCUUAUGAUGUUGAUAAUUGGAAAGGUGUUGAUAGAUUUCACUUUGAUGCUCAGGUGACAAAGCAGGACAUGGAAGACACAUAUCAGCCACCAUUCAGAAGCUGUGUGCAGGAGGGCCAUGUCAGCAGUGUCAUGUGUUCUUAUAAUAGGGUGAAUGGGAUUCCCACCUGUGCUGACCCAGACCUGCUUCAAGGGGUAGUCAGAGGCCAAUGGGGUCUAGAUGGAUAUAUAGUUUCUGACUGUGAUUCGGUGGAAGUUUACUACGAUGCAAUCCAUUAUACUCAAACACCUGAAGAUGCAGUAGCCCUGGCCUUGAAAGCAGGUCUAAACAUGAACUGUGGGGAUUAUCUAGGGAAGUACACAGAGAAUGCAGUCAACUUGAAGAAAGUGGAAGAAUCUGUUGUUGAUCAGUCCUUGAUAUACAACUACAUAGUACUGAUGAGGCUUGGCUUCUUUGAUGGUGAUCCGAAACUGCUUGAAUUCGGAAACCUUGGAGUAUCGGAUGUCUGCAGUGACGAACAUAAAGCGUUGGCACUUGAUGCUGCUAAGCAGGGCAUAGUUUUGCUAGACAACAACGGCGCUCUCCCUUUGUCCCCAACUACAACCAAGAAUUUGGCCAUUAUUGGACCUAAUGCAAACGCCACUGAAGUCAUGAUAAGCAACUAUGCUGGAAUACCAUGUAGCUACACUAGCCCUCUACAAGGGCUAAAAAAGUAUGUAUCAACCGCGAAAUAUGAGCCUGGGUGUAGCAGUGUGAAAUGUGCUGAUGAGAGCCUCAUUGAGGCAGCAGCUCAGGCUGUUGCUCUAGCUGAUGCAGUGGUGUUAGUAAUGGGGCUUGAUCAGUCCAUUGAAGCAGAAGGGCUAGACAGAGUAAACUUGACUUUACCAGGCUUUCAGGAAAAGCUUGUGGAGCAAGUUGUUGAUGCAACAAAUGGAACAGUCAUUCUGGUCAUUAUGUCAGCUGGUCCAAUUGAUGUUUCUUUUGCUAAAAAUUUGAGCAAAGUAGGAGGGAUUCUAUGGGUUGGGUAUCCAGGUCAAGAUGGAGGAGAUGCCAUAGCUCAAGUCAUAUUUGGGGACUAUAAUCCAGCUGGGAAGAGUCCUUUUACAUGGUACCCACAGGAGUAUGUAGACCAAGUGCCAAUGACAGACAUGAACAUGAGAGCCAACAGUAGUAGAAACUACCCUGGAAGAACAUAUAGAUUCUACACUGGAAAAACCAUUUAUGAGUUUGGUCAUGGGCUAAGCUAUUCAACCUUCUCCAAGUUCAUAAUGUCUGCACCUUCCACUCUACUCAUCCACUCAAAUUCAACAACUACUUUCAACUCCCACAAUAACAUUCAAAUAUUGGAACCCGUUUCCAGCUCUGCCAAGGAAAUUGACAUAUCAAGCAUAAACUGCCAGAGCUUAGCAUUUGAUCUAGUUGUUGGGGUGACGAACAAAGGGCCAAUAGAUGGCUCCCAUGUGGUGCUCGCUUUCUGGAGACCACCAAGCUCACAAGGGUUGAUUGGGGCACCCAACUUGCAGCUUGUGGGUUUUGAAAGAGUGGAGGUGAAAAAUAGAGAGACAAAGUCAUUGACAAUGAGGGUGGAUGUAUGCAAGGGACUGAACCUUGUGGAUAGCGAAGGGAAGAGGAAGUUGGUCACCGGAUUGCAUACGAUUCUCGUUGGCUCUCCUAGUGAGCAACAAGUGAAGCACUACCUCAAUGUUAGGCUGCCUGAUUCAAAGAUAUCAAAGCCAAAGAGUAUGGAGGGUUUGAUUCCUUAUCUUCUCCACGCCAUCAAGAAGACAAGGCCUCAGCACAAGUAUAGGACGUCAUUUUCCGGGUCUGGCAACUCCAACCGGAGCUACCAUCUCCUCACCAGUGGCAAUGCCUCCUUAGAGGGGUCAUCUCAUCGCCGGGCGCGAUCUGAGCUCCCAGCUCCGGCCGCUGCGGACUUGUUUGAGCAGCGAUCGGAGCUUCAUCAGUUUGCUUAUUCAAGGAGCUACAAGGAAGAAGGUGGUGCUACUGCAGCUGCGGCUUCCUUACCCGGAGGAUCAAAGAAGGGUUUCUAUCCUUACCGAGCAGCUAAUCGGAAAUACGAGUGAAUUAUAAGAUUCCAAAAUUUCAUUGAUUUUUUCGUUUUUUGGUUUAAGGCAGGAAGAAUGAGUUCAAAGGUGGAGCUUCAUCAUGAUCAAUAUAUGAUGGGGUUGCCACUAGAAGUUCAUUUCUCUUGUCGAUGUUGUAAUUGUAAUCUAUGGUGCUUUUGUUUGUAAUGUCGGUGGAUUCGAACCUUUGAAAGUAAAUUAAAGAAUAAUAAUCAAUUGUAGAUUAUGAUCCGGAUUGUCUCUACUGUCUGAUUCUCAUGAAAUGUGUACAAUUUUAUACGAGGAAUAGAGUGAUUUUAAGUAUGUUAUCUCAUAUAAUUCAUGUUU